CCUGCCAGGAAUCAUACAGUGCCUGUCCCAGCAUAGCUCAGACCCCCGAGGGAGAUACCUUCACGUACUCACACCAAGCAGAUGGGUGGGGGAGACUUGCCAGAGGGGUCCUGGGAGCUCUCAGCAUAGAGGGAGGGGUGAGUGGUGCAGGGGAGGGUGUGUGUAUUGAAGGAUAGAAAGGAGGGAUUGGCUUCCAGAAGGCUGGUACCUAGACGAGGGUGACAGUGGGCUUUGGGCAGGGAACGGCAGGAGUCACAGUUCAAGGCCACCAGCUACUGCUUGGCUGCCAUGGGAGGUCUUUCGUUACUAGGCACGCACAGCCCUCAGUAUAUCCAUCCUCAGGCACGUCCCACAGGCCUUUGCAAACCUCGUUCAUGCGUCCUCUGGGGCAUCCUGAGGCCUCCAGCCUGUGCUGGGUGCUGGGGCCUCUAUAGUGUGAGAAGCUGCGGAUUGAACAACACCUGCUGGUGAACACUUUGCCGGAACCUGGCCUAGUGCCCAGUCCUCACUGUCCUAAAUUCUCAAGGCCCUGGGAUGGAGGUGGUCACCCCCGUUGUAGGGGGAUGUGGAGGCUCAGGACGGAGGCUCGGGCUUGCACGUGUUAGCCCAAGGCCCCCAGCAGCUUCAGAACCCAAGUCUACAGGUGAUUCCCAAGCGCAGGCCCUUGAACGCCAUGACCUCCCUCUUCUGCUCCAGGUUGGGGCCUGGGGAAACAAAGGCCGUCCCCAGGUCCUGUGGGUGUUAGUUGUUGGCUGCUUGGGUGCGUUGGACUCUCUGCCCAGGGGGGUGUCCUAUCCGUGAGGACUCUCCACACAGGGCUGCUGGCUGCUUCUGAGGAAGCCAGCAUGGUGGAGAAGCAGAAGUGGCACGGAAGUUGAGUGCUGAGACCCAUGCAGCCACCAAGGAGACCUCACUCACCCAGCAUCAGGGAGGGCAAGGCGGGUGUGGGGUUGGGGCAGUCACACUACCAGUGCCAGUGGCCGUGUCCCGGAGCCCAGAGCUGUCGCCUUACUGCUGCCAAGAAACCAGCCCCAGCUCUGAGCCCAGGGUGGGUGGCCCGGGGUCCAUCUGUUCCUGCGGGGGACCUGGCACCCCGGGGCCCUCCUUAGUGAAGUGUUCCUGGUUCUGCCUCUGCCUUGGCCUGAGCCUUCUCCCUCUGGGCUCACAGAACACAGACGUCUCUCUUGUGCUAAAUGGGGAUCCUACCUGGCCCCCCUGUUUCGGGGCCUCAGUAGUGCCAGGCCUUGCAGUGGGUGAUGCUGGGCCCCAGAGAUGCACCAGAAGUGGUCCUGGUCUCAGGCAGGGUCAGGCCAGUCAGAGCCAUGGAUUCCUGAGGCUGCUGUGCGAAAGGUCCUCACGUGCACUGUCCACUGGAUGCCCUGUGGGGGCGAGUAGGAUGCAGAUGCCCCUGGGAACCCAGGACCAUCCCUAGUGGUGGGCAUUAAAAGGGAACAAAUGCCAGUGUCCCAGGAGUUAGAGGGAAACAAGGUGCCUUUGGCGUCCAGCGACUCGGGUGACCAAAGUGAUAAGUGGUAUGUAGUGGGUGCCUUAGCAUCUGGCUUUUGGGGGAGCACUUGACACAUGUCAUGUCAAUCAGGAGGGACGCAUAGCCCAAGCUAUGCAUGGACGCAUUGCCCAGGUCAUGUGGCUGGUUCCUGGGGGGCCGGAUCCGACCCUGGCCCGCCCAGAGCGAUUGUCCUCUUGCCCCUGUGCUGGCCUCAUGGCCUCACACAGUCUCUCACGGCGUGACUGUGGGGCCCAGAUCAGAGCUUAUGUGCUUAGGGCACCCUGCACCCAGGACGUGGGAUUUAACCUGUGGUUGAUGUUUGUGAUCUUCUGUCGCUGGAUAAGAGAGGACAGAGCUGAGGGAAGGGAGGGGUCUAGAAGGGCUUCCUUCUAAGCACCUUCCUUGCUGAGGGCGCUGAGCCUUGGCAGGUGGGCCAAGCAGAUACCCUCAAGGUGGGAGGAAGGGGCUGUGCACAGGGCCUGGUAGGGAAUCCACACCUAUCUGUAAAACGGCUGGCCUGCCCCAUUGGUCCCGCUGAGGGGUGACAGGAUAUAAGGUGCUCCGUGGGUGUGGUUUUGUGUGUUUUCAUAGAAAGGGUUGGUUUUUAUUUCAUAUAUAUAUAUAUGUAUGUAUGUAUGUAUAUUUAAGAGAUAGGGUCUUGCUGUGUUGCCCAGGCUGGUCCGAAUGCCUGGGCUUCAGUGAUCUUGGCUCCUCAACUACCCAAGUAGUGACUAAGGGCUUUAUGUGUUUUAAAUUGACAGGAAGGUGCACAGACUUCCCAUAUCCCCUUGCUCCCGACCCCCACAGCCUCCCCCGCCCCGUCAACUCCCACUCCAGGGCGGUGCAUUUGUUACGGUGGAUGAACCCACGUGGACACCACUGCCUGAUCACCAGAGUCCACAGUGUACCUUGUGGGUGUGUGGGGACUUUUGGCCUCAAGACUGUUGUGCUUGUUUAUAACAGUUACCUACUUCUCGGUCACCCACUCGCCUGCCCUGAGAGCCGCAGGGAUCUGCAGGUCUGCAGGCACCGAGUCCUCCCAGGGGGCUGCACCUCAGGGUAGAUGAAGGCUGCAGUGUGGGUCUGGGAGCCCCGCUCUCUGGCCCUCUGGGGCUGUGAGUGGCUGUGCUGGUGCACCGGAGGAAGGCAGCUCUGAUGGGGCAGGUGCGGGUGGUGCGGGUGGGAGGCUGCAGGAAAGAAGAAAGCAGUGAAAUAGAGGCUCCGAGCCGCGCUGGAGAGGAGAGGGCAAGGGGAGCCAGAGCAGGGGACGGCUGAGCACUGCGCCCUGAGCCCUGCCCCAGGGAGGUGCAGGCUGCGCUCCAGGAGAACGUGACCUGCCGAAACCGGCUCAGAGGAGGGGCAGGGUCUCCGCAUAUCAGUCACUCUAGAAUGUUCCAGGAGAGGGUGCCCUGGCACUCUCCCCAGCACCCUCAGGAAGGGCAGGCCUGGGAUCUCAGCCCUGUCACACAGACAUCUCAGGGCUGAGGAAAUGAGGGCCUGAUUUGGGAUGUGGCCUAGCCUGGGGAGCGAGAAGAAUGAGGUUUUCCGGCCAGGAGUGAGGGACGAAGCGGCUAUGGGAAGGGGCUAGUGGGGGAGUGGAGGGGUUAUGCUGUGGGCGCCUCCCGCCCGGAGCAUGGAGGAGGCUAGCUGGAGGGGCUCUGGGAGGGGCUGGGCGGCGGUGUUUAUUCUGGAAACAGCCAUGGGGACUGCGGCAGCCGGUGCUUGGCACCCCUGGCACCCGCCCUUAGGGAGCGUUGCACCCAAGAGCAGAUGCAGAGCCUGAGGAAGGACAUAUCAAUAGACGGGACGCUCGUGAUGUGGUGACUGAAGAUGCUGACCGGCCAGGAAGUCAGCCCUGCCAUGGGAAAGGGACCCAGACAUGGAGCUGCGGGAAGAGGCGUGGUCUCCGGGGCCGCUGGAUUCUGAGGACCAGCAGAUGGCCAGUCAUGAGAAUCCAGUGGAUAUCCUCAUCAUGGAUGACGACGACGUCCCCAGCUGGCCUCCCACCAAGCUGUCCCCGCCCCAGUCCGCGCCCCCAGCCGGUCCUCCUCCCCGGCCGCGGCCGCCCGCCCCCUACAUCUGCAACGAGUGUGGCAAGAGCUUCAGCCACUGGUCCAAGCUGACGCGGCACCAGCGCACGCACACGGGUGAGCGGCCCAACGCCUGCGCCGACUGCGGCAAGACCUUCUCGCAGAGCUCUCACCUGGUGCAGCACCGGCGCAUCCACACCGGCGAGAAGCCCUACGCCUGCCUGGAGUGUGGCAAGCGCUUCAGCUGGAGCUCCAACCUCAUGCAGCACCAGCGCAUCCACACGGGCGAGAAGCCCUACACCUGCCCCGACUGCGGCCGCAGCUUCACGCAGAGCAAGAGCCUGGCCAAGCACCGGCGCUCGCACAGUGGCCUCAAGCCCUUUGUGUGCCCGCGCUGCGGCCGCGGCUUCAGCCAGCCCAAGAGCCUCGCGCGCCACCUGCGGCUGCACCCCGAGCUGUCGGGGCCCGGCGUGGCGGCCAAGGUGCUGGCGGCCAGCGUGCGCCGGGCCAAGGGGCCCGAGGAGGCAGCGGACGGCGAAAUCGCCAUCCCGGUGGGCGACGGCGAGGGCAUCAUCGUGGUGGGCGCGCCGGGUGAGGGGGCCGCGGCCGCAGCAGCAGCCAUGGCGGGUGCGGGGGCCAAGGCCACAGGGCCCCGCUCGCGGCGCGCCCCAGCCCCCAAGCCGUACGUGUGCCUGGAGUGCGGGAAGGGCUUCGGGCACGGGGCUGGGCUCCUGGCACACCAGCGGGCGCAGCACGGGGACGGGCUCGGGGCGGCGGGCGGCGAGGAGCCGGCGCACAUCUGCGUGGAGUGCGGGGAGGGCUUCGUGCAGGGCGCCGCGCUGCGCAGACACAAGAGGAUCCACGCGGUGGGCGCGCCCGCGGUCUGCAGCAGCUGCGGACAGAGCUACUUCCAGGCCGGCGGGGAGGACGACGACGACGAGGAGGAGGAGGAGGGUGCGGGUGGGCGGUGCCCCGAGUGCCGGGCUGGGGAGGGCCGGUAGGGGUGGGGGCCCGGGGGGGGCAGGGCCCCUCGGGCUUGGCGGGAAUGACCACCGUGUGCAAGACCAGGAGACCCAGGGACAAGCGGCCAAGGGUGCGAUGGACCCCGCGGCGGGCGUCCGGGGUCCCCGUCCCUCUGCCCCCUCACUGUCCACGUGGACACCAGGGGCCAUCAGGGCCAGUUCACUUCUCCGCCUUGACACUGCCCCCUCAGCCUGGCCCGCCCUCCCUAAGUUCUCGGCCUGCGAGCCAGAGACGGACAAUGGCAAGAACUGCAGCAGCCAGGGUCUCAAACAGCAAGGCCUUUUGCCGCCUCCUCCCCCGGGGUAGGGUGCUGCGAGGAAGGGGGAAAUCAGGCCCUUUGCAGUUUAGAGGUUCCCAGAGAGGGAAGGGAAGUAGGGGCCCCUUUUUAGAAUUUUCUUUAAAUCAGCCCACCUUUUGACUCCCCCGCCUCCUCCCCAAAAGUCCAUUAAUUUUUUCCUGCCCUCUGGGUCCCAUCGUUUCUUAGAGCUCAAGUUGUUCCUUCCCCUUCUGGAUUCCGGGUAGCACAGGCUGCCCCUGUGCCCAGCGAAGCCCUGCAGGGGCGGGUGCCCGUUUGUCCCUGGCCUGGGUGGGCCUGCUGGAGGAAGCGGGGGUAGAUCAAUAAAUGGCACUAUCCAAACGUC